UCUUACAUCUCAAAGUAUUUCAUAACCUUUUCACUCCAUAUGGAACUACUUGGUUGUGAAGUAAAUACCUAAAUAAGGUUGGCGAAACUUACUAUAUUAAGAUUUCUUCAACCUGCGACCUUUGCUACAAUUUUACGUCUAUAGGAAUUCCACGUCCCACAUAUAAUUUAUUAUUAUACAAACUUUAUAUUCUUUGUUUUUACAAUGUUUCGAUCACUUGCUCCACUGUAUCUACAAGGCAGAAAACUGCUUGUCUCUGCAACUGGAUCAUUGGCAAAAACAGAUAACACACUAGUGGCAGAAUGUAUUCGUAAUUUCACAGUGAGUUCAAAGUUGCUUAACAGUUGGCCACAAAUUCAGAAGCCCGCACCAGAGUUUUUUGGUACUGCAGUAGUUAAAGGUGACUUUAAGGAAAUUAAAUUGAGCGACUACAAGGGGAAAUAUGUUGUUCUUUUUUUUUAUCCAUUAGACUUCACAUUUGUUUGCCCAACGGAAAUUAUAGCAUUUAGUGAAAAAAUAUCAGAAUUUGAAGGGUUAAAUACACAAGUGAUUGGAGUUUCCACAGAUUCGCAUUUCAGCCAUUUGGCAUGGAUUAACACUCCUAGGAAACAAGGUGGCCUUGGAGGAGAUUUGGGUUAUCCUCUUCUAAGUGAUUUCAAUAAGGAAAUAUCAAAUAAAUACAACGUUUUGUUACAAGACUCGGGCAUUGCACUUAGAGGUCUCUUUAUCAUAGAUAAGGAGGGAAUUCUUCGACAGUUUAGCGUCAAUGAUCUUCCAGUUGGUAGAAGCGUUGAAGAGACAUUGAGAUUAAUCAAAGCUUUUCAAUUUGUUGAGAAGCAUGGAGAAGUGUGUCCUGCAGACUGGCAGCCUGAUUCCAAAACUAUUAAACCAAAUCCAAAAGAGAGCAAGGAAUACUUUAACUCAGUUAAUUAAUUUAGGUAAUACAUUUAAUAAUUUCUUUAAAGGACAGACAUAUAUACGAUAUAAUAGAUUAUGUUAAUUAUAUAAUUUAAUAUGAUAUAAUAUGUAUAAUAGAGAAUAUGUGUAUAAUAUUAAUAUUUCAAUUACUUACAUAAAAUGAACAAAAUCGAAAAACAUAUACCAUAAAUCUACGUAAUCUCGUAUUUAUGUUUCUUUUAUAUUAUAUACAUGCUAUAUUCAUACUUUUGUGUGAAUUUGUGUAGAGGCCUUAAGAGAAGAGAAAUUGUAUUCAAAUGGUAUAGAUAAUUUAUAUAGUAGAUACCAAACAAAAAAAAACAAUUUCUUUGAAUUGCUUAAAUUAAUUAAAUAGUUGUUUAAUUAUUUUUUUUCUAUUCUGGAAUGUUUUGUGUAUCGGAUCGUUUUCCCGUUCGUGAUUGCAAUUGAUAAAUACGUUCACAAAUUAUAAAUAUUUUCUUAGAAGAAUGCCAUUUACAUUCUUUAUUUAGAUUCUUAAUUUAACAACUGGAUCUAUUUGAAAAAUUAUCAUAUAAUAAUUUUAGAUGAAAUUGAAAAUCAAUACAAAUCUCUCUGUAUUA